CUGCAAUCUUAUCCUUCCCUACAAUUACUCCCUGCAGGUUCAGUCUGUUAUGUGUUUGAGCCUUUGAAAAGAUCUUUCUGUUAGGAAUUCUUUCCCAAGAACAACAAACAAGGGAUGAAGAAGAAAGCCCUAAACUUUACUCCUCAACUUCAAAAGUUCAACUAGCAUUGCAACCCCAACAACACUUUCAAAUUAGAAACAAAAACUGUUAUUUUUUUCUUGGAAAUCUUGGAAUAAGAAGAUAUGCAGUCUAAUUUUGACAUAUCAGAGAUUGGUAACCAGCAACACUUGAUGGAUAUUAGUAAUUCUUGCGCACCAAUUUUGCCCAUUUUCAAUCAUCAGAAGCAAAACCACCACCACCACCAUUUCAAUCAACAACUUGAGCAGCCUGAGCCAUAUCAUAUCAGUCACCUUGUUCAUCCCACUCCCAUUACCCACGACUUGUUUCAACGCCAGCAUCUUCAAGCAUUGCAGCAGCAAGGAAGGUUGCACUGGCAGCUGGGUCCUGUAAAUUUCAAGCUUGGUCUCAAUGAGAACAGUGGAAAUGGAGAAAGUGCUCUGCUUGGCGCUGGUUUGUUCGAUGAUGAAAAUGGAGACGACCCUCGAUUGCUUCAGAGUCGAAUGCAUAACUUAGGAUUCAAAAGUUGGCAAACCCAUGAACCCAUGUGCUGGAAACCUCUCGAUGCAGCAAUUCCCGAGACCAACAGAAAGCAGAAGGAAGCCAAUGAAGGAGAUAUAUGCAAGGACUUGGAGAACAAAUACAGGCUUUAUGGUGAGCUUGAAGCAAUCUAUAGCCUUGCAAAGAUGGGCGAGGCUAAUCAAACGGGCUCUGGCUCUGCACUCACUGGUGAAAACUCCCCUAAAAAUGUAGACUUGCCUGUGCCUUUUUGUGAUCCACAUGACCUCAAUGUUGCUCCAACUGCUCAAGUUAGGGUGGAUAAUGGGUCGGAAGCCUCCAUCGGAGAAGAGUCUUCGCCGAGGAAGAUUCAGAAGAGGAAGAGAAAGAGGACAAUGAAGAAACAAUUAAGUUCAGUGAUUAGCUUCUUUGAGAGCUUGGUGAAGCAGGUUAUGGAUCACCAAGAGAAUCUUCAUAAGAAGCAUUUGGAAGUGAUUGAAAGAAUGGAUAAAGAGAGGAGGGAGAGAGAAGCUGCAUGGAGAAGUCAAGAGGCUGAAAACCAUAAGAGAGAAGCCAUUGCCAAAGUCCAUGAACAGGCUCUGGCUUCAAGCAGAGAGGCACUCAUUGUUUCUUACAUUGAGAAAAUCACUGGCCAAAGAGUCAAUCUUCCUUCAAGGCAAGCCCCAUUGUUGUUGCAGCCUGAUAAUUUAAAUGAACCCGCAGUGGAGGAAUUGACACCCUUCAAAAUUGAUCAUACAAAUAGCAGAUGGCCUCAAAGUGAAGUUAAGGCAUUGAUUCUAGUGCGAAGUAGUAUAGAAUCAAAGUUUCAGGAACCAGGGGUGAAAGGGCCUGUUUGGGAAGAGGUCAGUGCUUUAAUGGGUUCAAUGGGUUAUCAAAGGAGUGCCAAAAGGUGCAAACAAAAGUGGGAGAACAUCAACAAGUACUUCAGAAAAACCAAAGACAGUGCCAAAAAGCGUCCUCAUAAUUUCAAAACUUGCUCUUAUUUUAAUCAGUUGGAUCAGCUGUACUCAGGAACACCCAUCACCGCCCCUUCAUCUUCGUCUUCCUAUUAUUCUAGUAACCCUUCAGCUAGCAUGGAUGAUAACAUUCCAAAGCAAGGUUUUUCAGAUCUUUUGGAAGCCUUCGUUGCAGGGAGAGAGGCAGGAGUUGCACAUAAUCUGUCUAGUGGCAAUUUUGAAAUCUCUGAAAUGGGGUCCAAUAGGUUGGAUUUUGAUGGCAUUAUUGGUGGUAAAGUAGAAGAUGUGCAAGGAGACCUUGGGAAGGAGAAGGAAAACUGUGAGGAUGACGAGAACGUGGAUGAAACGGAAGAUACUGAUGAUGAUGAUUCUGAUGAAUGAGGUAGAGCAUGACCAUCAGACAGAACUAGAAAGCUUCCACCCACUCACUAUGUAACAACUGCAACUGGAUACCAGCUCCGGAUAUCAUUGUAUCACAAAAUGAACUGUCAUUUUCACUUCAGUUGGUCAUAGGUGCACGUGCAAUUGAAAUUCCGAGCAACCUCAAUGACCACUUGUUUUACCAAAAUUGGUAAUGGUAAAUGCUCAAUACACAGUUUCCAUUUGAGGUAAAAUCUAAAAGACAUAUCCUUUAAGAUAUCUCCCAGAAAAGGUUGUGUAGUUGGAUUGGAUUCUAACAAAACCAAGAGAGCUUGGCAAAUACAUUGAAAACAUUGAAUGGAGGAUGUAUGAUUAGAAAAUCUACUUGGCCAUUUGAAUUGGUAUUGACAUGCACAGUAAUAGAAGAAUCAAGGACCAAAUGCUGCUUCAGGAAGACAAUUGUCGUCUGCUGCCCAAUCAUUUAACCACUCCUGCAAUUUCAAAGGAGCUUCGGCAGUUGAGGUUGACAUUAAUGACCCGUUUCUGCACCCACUUGUGCAAUCAAAAAUCGUGGUAUUCAACUCACAAAGUUUGGAGAAGUCAGUAUGUAGAAAUUCAGAUAUGCCAAGUUCGCCUGCAUUAAGAUCCCUUAUGAAGUUCCAUGUCAUAUCGUUCUCUCUAGUGAUUGGUAAGAAUCCAUCGCUGGAAUCUGAUUUUACUUCGAUAUUCGUUGCUUCAACUCCAGAGAUAAAUGGUUCUGCUAAUGUAUUGGUAGUGCCAAGCUGUUCAUUAUUGAUGCAGCUUGUUGGUGUGAGUCCAUUUUGGAUGAAGUGUGAGUCCAUUUUUAACGAUGGGACAGCUUUUUCGGUGUCCUUGGUCGUUUUCCACUCAUUUCUAGACCUUUCUGAGUGGCUUUCUUGUGCCUUUUUCCUUAAAGCAGAGUUCCAGUAGUUCUUGAUCUCAGUGUCUGUUCGGCCUGGAAGCCUUCCAGCUAUCAAUGUCCACCUACAGGUAUCCAAAAAAGGAAAGACAAAAAAAAAAAAAAAAGCAUACCUGGUAGUAUUAAUAAACGAAGCAGCAUAUGAAGAGAAAAACCUUAACAGUUUCAAUGCUAGUAGCAAGCAAUAUAUAGUAAUUGAAGUGACAGGCCAGUACCUGUUGCCUAAGAGUUUGUGGAGCCUGAUGAUGAGGUCUUCUUCAUCUUCUGUAAUGUUCCCUCUCUUGAUCUCAGGCCUCAGGUAAUUCAACCAGCGAAGUCUACAACUCUUCCCGCAUCUCUUUAGACCUGCAUCCAAUAAUACAUGUUUCUAAUUGAACAAUGUUCUAUCAUUUUCAUAAUCAUUCAUGCAUUGAAAUUAAGAAACUUGUGCGUAAAGUCAAAGUCGGCUCGCCUGUUUCCCUUGACAGUUUCUCCCAUCUCCCUUCGCCGUGGUCUUUGACGUACUCUAUGAGAAUCUGGUCUUCAAGAGCAGUCCAAGCUCCUUUACUCAGUCCAUCCUUAUCACAGCGAUAGCUUCUUCCCAUUUCUCUCUAACUUGCUCGGUUCUGUCUCUCCCCCUCUCUUUCUUUCAGAAUUGCACGUUAUUGCGCCAGUGUCUUUGGAAGUGACUGAUUUUAGAUAGAUGGUUUGUAGUUCAAUCUAAUCUUAUUAUAUGAAGACUUAGAAAUUUGUGAAUAAUUUGUAUUAACUGUUUAACAACGUGGCUAGAAUCAACAUAAAGAAUUGAACUUACUGCCAAAUGAUAUCACGUUUUAAGAUUUCAUGUCUAAUGAGGUCAUGAUUAGCAGUGAUACAUGUACAGCCUUCUAAACCUGUACAUGUAUUGAUUACAGAUAUAAUUAGGAUUAUUCUUUAUACAAUUUUGAUCUUCACUUUUACGAUGUCUUCGAUUUAUGCAGAAAAACUCAUGUAAUAGAUGAGAAAAACAGAUUCAAGAACAACUUGACAUAUUUCUGUAAACUGUAAUUAGGUGCAUAUGUAAAAUCCUGAAUUAACAUGACAAGUAUUAUUUGGUUUUAUACAAAAACAAUUAAUGUGGAUUGGUUUUAUACAUUCUCCUCUGCACAAAACAACUAUUAGUGGUUGUAGUUUUUGCAUCAUCAGUUGGAAUUGGAUAUAUUAUCUAGAUUCUGACAAGUAUAUAUGCAUUAUGCUUAAUUAUUUUCUAAUUAGGUAGUAUUAAUUAGCUUAAUGAGUUGUCUAUGCAAGUU